UGAAGUUUGGUUCUUACCUUGUUUUGUAACAGGAAAGUUGAGUGGAGAACGAACUGCCAGAAUGUCAGGAGGCAUAGGCGACAGUUCAGGAAAGGUCCUGACCCUCGACGAUCUCAUCGAGGCGAUGGACAAGCGGGAGAGAACGCCAAGUAAUGUCCCCAAAGUUGACACCUUUCACUUCAAAGGAGAACGAGUGUCCGACUGGUUGGACUUGGUUGAACAAGCACUAGUGGGAUUGACGGAUACGGUAAAGUUCCAACGGAUCAUGAAGUAUGUACUUCAUGGGCAUCAUCAGGAGGUUCGACCGGUGGUCGACGACGCCAACGGCAAUUGGGCCAAGUUCAGGGAGGGAAUGCAGAGGAAGUACAGGCUGGGAGACGGCCUGCUGACCACGGCAGACUUGGAGGCCAUGAACAAAGAUGACUUCACCACCAUUGGAGCCUUCUUGCAGGAGUUCAAGAAAAGGGCGAGGAAAGUUCAUGGGAUAUCAGAGGAGGCGCAGUGCGCCAUCUUCCUGGGACUGCUCACCGCGCCAGAGGCCUCUGAGCUAACGAGCCAUGGGGGAGGAAACGCGAAACUCACCUGGGCUACCAUCGACAAAGGGGUGGAGGAUGGGAGCCUAGACCAGGUGGAGCAGCACCAGGUGCACCUACAAAGGCAGGAAACGAAAGAAAGGGACGCCUCAGCGUCCGGGACACCGAGAGUGAAAAAGAUUAUCACCGAAGUACUAACGGAGUUGGACUCGGUAAUACAAAGGAAGGUGACAACGGCAGUCCAAGGAAAGGCCAAGGAAGCCGUGGUAGAGGAGGCGGCCCAGGAAGGGUGGGAAGAAGAGGAGCCGGUACCCCCGCAUCUCACGAAGGUGCAGCGCAAGCAGCGCAAUCUAGCCCAAGGCGGGCAAGGUUCUGGGAAGGGGCAGGUACCCCAAGCCAUGGCAGCUGCAUCCCCAAGUAUGUCGGCACCCUCAAGAGGCCUCUGCGAAGAAGUGAAGGAAUGGAGGGCCAACCUCCCCAAAGUCUUCCUUUAUGAUUCUGGCCCGGAAUCCAUGCUAGGGCGACCUGGAGUGGCUACGGUGGGAUCAGGCCCUCGAUCUGGGAUGAUGACCAGACCUCCUACGCCACAAGGGAGACUGGCACAGGCCGCCCGUACUCGAGGUCAGGCCAAAGCCAUUGCAAGUCAAGAACCUCCUCGAAAGGAGCCUGAGCCGGGAAAGAGGAAGGAAACAGUGGAGGUGGAGGAUGAUGACGAGGAUGAAGAAGAGGAUGAGAGACUGCGUCAGGAAGAGGACCAGAGGGCGGAACAAAGGGCCAGAAAGAGAGAGAGUCGAGAGGAAGCUGAACCGGUCUUGCACGACGUACCGCCCAAGAAAAAGAAGUAUGCAGUCCGGUUAGAGGAAGGGUUCGAUGUGAAACGGGUAAUUGACAGACUACUUGAAGGCCACAACGACCUGAUGACCCUCAAGGAGAUCCUAGCGUCCGCCCCAAGGCUCCGUAAUGAGCUGAAGGAUACAGGCGUUGAAAUGAAUAUCAUCCGGGAGGCCGAUGCCAUCAAGUUUGGAUUGGAGAUAGACCGAUCGGAUUGUGGCAUUCUGCAUGGGGCCAAUAACAAGGCCUUAUUUUGUGGAACCGCCUCAAAUGUGUUAUUGGAGAUCGGUAGGGUAAAUUCAAGGGCUUGUUUCUUCGUAAUGUCGGACGUGGACCAUAGCAUUCUCCUAGGAAGGUCCUUCUUGUGCAGGACGGAGACCCUGAUGUAUAACAAGCAUGAUGGGUCAUUAAUCCUGAUCUUAUGUGAUCCAUCGUGCGGGAAUUACGAAGUAAUUACCUGCAGGAACACGAGACCAAGGAGCCUUAGGAAUAGGCCCAACCCCGGCUCCUUCACGAUAGAGGAGUCAGAAGAGGAACAUCGAAGGCUUAUGGCAGAGCCCGAGGAGGAAGUAGGAGGAGAGGCGUUCUCACUCAGCCUAGCAGACGUCAACAAAGCCAUGGAUAUAGUGGCUACGCAUGAAAUGGCUGAUCUAGACGCCAUUCAGACGUUGAGGGAACAAGUCUUGGAAUAUCCCCAGGUGGGAGAAAUGGAGUUGGUCUAUAGGCUUCCCAAGGGGAGGAUGGACCCUGCUAUGGCACAGGCGCAGGCGCGAGCGGCAGACCGACCAGUGACAGCCAUGCAUACGCCUCGAGGACUCAUCCAUAUGAAUGUGGCUCCACAAGGGUGGACGAAUGCUGUGGCGAUGGUCCGGAGGCACAUGAUUCGGGUCAUGCAGACAGUCAGCCCGCAUAUCACGCAGCCGUAUAUUGAUGACUUGGCAGUAAAAGGUCCGAGAAGGAGGGAAAACGAUGAAGUCCUGCCAGGAGUAAGGCGUUUUGUCUGGAAGCAUGUUCAGGACCUCGACAAAGUCCUGGGCCUGCUUGAGGAGUACAACCUUACGGCUAGUGGUGCCAAGUCGAAGCACUGCAUGAGGGAAGCCACCAUCCUGGGAUUUGUUUGCAAUGAGAGUGGUCGGCGGCCGGAUGAAGGGGAAGCAAUAGAAGAUACGCCCCCAGUUGAUGGCUUUCUGGACCAGGAAGAAGACAUCCGCCUACACAUCAAUAAGUGGUUCCCGCGAGUUCCUAGCUGCGUUGGUCACCCCAUUUGGCAUGCGCCAAAGGGGUAUGAGCGGAAGGCUGAGCUGGUGCUCAAACCGUUUGAAGAAGAAGACCCUUGGGGUAGUAAGGAUGUCCAAUGGAUGGCAAAGCUGGCGCUCGCAGGUUACCAUUGUCUGGUGGAAGCGGUAACGUCGAUAGAGGAAGGCCCAGACCGGGUAAGGAGGCACGAGGAACUGACUGGAGGGAUGUACCUCCUCGUCAAUACACUCCUGCAGGAAUCUUUUGACUUAGAAAGCUCGCUAAAUCCGGCUGAGAAGGGAGAUACUAUACCGGAAAGCCAGGAUGACGAGUUUGAAGAGGGAGAGAUCAAAGAGGCAUUCCGCGCGGAGGAGUACGAUGGGAUCUAUCUGGAGCUAGGGCUUCUCCUGUCCUGCGAGAUGCGAGACAGGGAUGCAAGCGAUAGGGCUCAAAGGAUGAGGGAUUGCUACUUGGUGAGGGACGGUCAUCUCUUCGUAAGGAGGCAGUCUCGUCUGAGGCCUAGAGAGUCGCUGCAUCCAAGGCUAGAGAGGGAAGUAGGGCCCGUAGUGCACCUCGACUGGUUAUUCAUGCCCCUCGAAGAUCAUGGCUACAACUACAUCUUCGAUGCGCGCGACAACCUAUUUGGCUUCGUAGAUGGACGGGCCAUCCGCGCGAAGACGGGGCCAGUCCUGGUUAGUUGCAUGGAGGAGUAUUACCUGCGCUAUCCUUUCGUCAGAGAGUUCGUGAUGGACAGGGGAUCGGAAUUCACCUGCCAGGAGGUGCAAGAAUUGUUGUCAUGGUAUGGGGUGGUAGCUAACUACACCACGGCCGCACACCCCCAGGCGAAUGCUCCAGUAGAAAGAGGGCACAGUACCAUUACGACUCUGCUGGCCAAAUGGGCUGAAGGGAAACCCAGUCAGUGGCCAAGAUAUCUAAGGGCAGCCUUCUUCGUCGAGAAUAUUACGGUGAAAAGGACCACUAAGUACGCAUCGGCCACGCUAUGGUAUGGAAGACACGCUACCUUCCCAAUCGAGAGCUUCCUGAAGACUUGGAGGCGUCAGGAUUUGGAGGUCAAUCUGUUUUUCGAAGAGUUGCUCGACAUUCGAGCCCGGCAGGUGGGUGCGAUUGAGGAAAGGGUCCAGGAAGAGUCCGACCAGGUGGAGAGAAGUCGGAUGGAUGACAAGGUUCGCUGGGACCAGUCGGCUCGUGUAAGGAAGGUACCCCUAGCAGUCGGGGAUAUCGUACUCCUAUAUGAUUCAUCCUUGGAAAAGCACUGGCCCCGGAAGCUUGACAAGAGAUGGUUAGGUCCCUACCGGAUCGUGCGAUGCGGAGAGUUUGGCGCGUAUCAGAUUGAAGAAUUGAAUGGGACCGAGUGGAAAGACUGGGUGUCAGGGACACGACUGAAGAAGUUUGUGGCAAGAGAAGAGGUUACUGAAGGGGGGCUGAGAGGAUCUCCACUGCAUCCACAGGAGGAGACACCGGCAUCUGGAGGGCCGUUGCAGGAACUGGAAGCACAUUUGGACGUCUCCCAGUGGAGAGAGCCGCCGAUGAGUGAGAGGCGCGUUGAGCCAGUUGACGAGGUGCUGCGAGGAGAAGUUCCGGACCCUGAACAUGAGGAGGGACCAAGUACUCUGGGAGGCCGGGCUGAGGGUGAGGUCAUAGAGGUUGAGGAGGAUACUCCCCCUCAGACGCCAGCUGUGGGCCUAAGGCUUGGGAGCCCGUCGAAAAACGCACCAAGCAGGGGAGAGGAAUCACAAAAGGAGGACCCACCAGCAUUGCCAGAGACAGUCCCAUCGCCAGGGGGAACGGAGGAAGGAGAGACUGAGAGAGCCAGUCGGAGAAGAGAGGCAGACACCUUGAUCGAUAGUCACCUGGCCGCUCAUGCCUUGGAGCAUCCUGAUCUGGAGGAGCCCAUGCCUGUGGAGUCGCCUCAGGAGCCAUGUCAGGCCGAGAGAGAGGUGGGAGCAGGGGUCCCAGAGGAGGCUGAUCGCCGCACAGAGGAGAGAGUACCCGCAGGGGAAACAGUUGAGGAAAAGAGGGUCAGAGUGGAGAGAUGCUGGGAGGAGAUUGGGCAGGAGAGGCAGAGAUUGGAAGAGGCAGGUGCGCUCCCAGAUCCACCCCCGCCCUAUAGGCCGUAUGGACUCAGGGAGAUGUGGGAAGAGUUCUUGGAGCAGUACGGCAAGGGUUUAACGGCUCCGGAUAGGGCAGAAAUCGAGACCUCAAGGAAGGCAGAUGAGUACUUGGACCGGAGGAUCCGCUCCGUAUCCAAGACCUCCUUCAACAGAUACAUGAUGUUGGAGGCAAAUCUGAGAGGAAAGGAGUUGAGAGAGACAGGAAUUGAGGCACAAAUGGAGGCCGUCGAGGCAGAGGCCCGCGAACUCAGAACUUUGGUGGCUAGUCAGGCCGCCAUUAUUCAAGAUUUGAGGCAGCAACGUGGAAGCGGCGUGGAUGGGGCAAAAAGCAGCAGGCAGGGAGAGCAGAGGCAGCCAGGACGUGACUUAUCAGAGUGGCCAUCCACGGCUGAUCCUCGGCGGGAAGCACCAAUGGGGAGGGUAAUUUUGGAGCCUAAGGAGGCAGAGGCCAAGAGGGAAGCAGAGAGGGAAACCUUCGAGUUCAGAGCUCCUACGGAGCUCGCUAUGCUGCCCACGGCAACAGCGGACCCUACCAUGCCACCUUCAGUUGAGGAGGGACUACCGACAGCCAGCGGCGAGCCAGUCCAGGGCUCAACAGGAGGAUCUAUGGAUGUGCUGCUGGAAGCGGGGGAACACCGGGCUCUGCAGUGUCCCAAGUUUCUGAAGGAUCUGGCAGAAGGAAAGGUCUCGAAAAGUGGUGGGAAGAUGUAUGAUAGACAAGGUAGGAUAGUAGAGCGAUCCGCCGAUGGAGGUAGAGCUCAAUUGUACAGGCAGAACCAGGAGGAGAUGA